AUGGUUUCCAAGGCUUCCAGUCAUGCUUUGUCUGAUCUUUACACAGCAGAACUCCAAGAUGGUCUGGUCCACCUGAGCAGAAUUGUAGAAGUAAAUUUGAAUGGCCCUGCAUUACAUGCAAUUGUCAAAACCAUUCUGAAAGCCUUAUCACAAGCUCUGGUGCAGUCAUGCUGUGCUACUGCUUGCCAUCUUGCAUGGUUUUUGCACUAUGUUAGACUCCUAUGCUCUACUGGGUUCUGUUGUUCCUCAAGACUCAUUUGCUUCUGCUCUUUGACUAAUGCAAGACUUGUCUUCCAAUGGUAUCCAAAUCCAAAAGGAUCUAAUUUACAUGUAGCAUCGGAAGGCUCUAUUUCCCCAGAUCAACAAAGGCAUCUGACCAGUAUUGCCAUUGAUUGUGCCAUAGUGACAACAUAUAAGCAUGCAAUGCAUAUGUCAUGUGUGUUUUUGCAAGUUCUCAGAGGGGAUGGGAGGUGUUCACAACAUGUGAGAGAUGAUCUCUGGAGCUGGAUGCUGACACUGGUGGAGUUUGAAGUCAACAUCCAGGAAGAUGUCAAGUGUAUGCAUAACGCUACCUUGGCCAGCCAAUGGUCCACUGAGGUCAAGCAUGGAAAAUGUGAAGGGGUCUACAAGAUCUUGCAGACAGAUGUGAAGUCAGAAACAUUGGGGAGACUGUGGUACUUGUUGAAAAGGUGGAGCAUCUCCACACCCAACAUCUCAACUUUUGUGUUACCAAACCAAAAAUUCUGCUUGUCCUCUGUGCCUGAGAAGAGUUCAACACUGAAAUGCAUGUUUUCUAUUGUGACAGACAAUGUUGAUGAAUGGAGCUAUUUUGAAUUGGCAGACCUCAUGCACCACAUCUGGGGUGACCUCUCAGUGAAUCAGCCCAUUCUUAUUGAGAAUAUUACAAUGAAGGACCUUGCUCAAUAUGCCACAUGUGUACUGACUGCCAUGCCCAAGACUUGUGCCAAAGAGGUUGAGGUGAUGGUACUUGUCUUAAACAGCACACUUGAGAAUAUCGAGAAAGCUAACAAUGGUGAACAGGAAGGCAUUGACUUUCUACUGAUAGAGAAGACUUUACCUGUUGCAGGUGCUGUAUACAACCAAGAAGCAGGGCAGGGUAUUUAUGCUCCCAGAGGCAUGCUCAUUCCCUGA